UGUAGCCCGUAACAAAAAAGCUCGUGACUGACCAGAUGACUCAGUUUAGAGAGUCACGUGACCAGUGUUCUCUAAACUCGGGAUGUGAGACAGAAACAAUCAUUUAGACUGCUGCAGGUCGGACAGCACGUUAGUGUUUCUGCGAGCCUGUGCGGACAUGAACUGUAUGGUUUACUUCAUUCACGCGGCGCUGCACUGUUGGAUUGUGGGACAGCAGGUCUGGCCAGAGCCUUACAAGCGACUUGACCGGCGUCCAGAUGUUGAUCCCUACUGCCAGGCUUUAUACCCAUUCUGCCCGAGCGGGGAUCCAGACGGCCGGAUGCCCGUGAUGAGAGACUCGGACAUCAUCUCAGUGUUCAGACUGCAGACUCCGGUGUGGGAGUUCAAAUAUGGAGACACGCUGGGAAAGUUUCAUGUCAUGCAUGAUGCCGUUGGCUUUGGAAGCGCAAGAACGGGCAGAAACUUCACCUUGGAGUGGUACGAGCUGUUUCAGCUGGGGAACUGCACUUUUCCGCACGAGAGAGCGAGCGUGAGCGCACCUUUCUGGUGUAAUCAGGGAGCCGCGUGCUGCUAUGACGGCAUCGAUGACGUUCACUGGAAACAGAACGGCACUCUGGAGAAGAUCGGAGAGAUUUCAGGCGAGAUGUUCAAUGAGAUGGCUCGCUGGGUUCAGGAGGACAAUGAAACGGGUGUUUAUUAUGAGACUUGGACGGUGAAGUCAGAUCCUGGUGCAAACUCCACCACGUGGUUUGAGUCCUACGACUGUUCUCAGUUUGUGCACCGCACGUAUAAGACGUUACUGGAUAUGGGUGCCGAACUGUCCAGCCAAACGCCAACAUAUUACACCAAGAUCUAUCUGUACAGCGGAGAGCCGCUCUAUUUGGGAGACGACUCCAUCUUUCAACAGUCUUCCACGAAAGAUCUCGCCACAGACAUCAAGAAGUUCUACCACUCGUUCCGCUCUCACCAGUCAGUCGUAGAAAUGAUUGGGAGCUUGUUGGAGGCUUUUGAAAAGAUGGUCCUAGAGAAGACCUUCUACUUCUACUACAACUCUGAAUAUUGGAAGCUGCCGAUGAAAUAUCCUUACGUUAAAAUAACCUAUGAGGAGAUUCCUUUACCAUAACCACUGUAUUGUUUUUGCCUAAACGAUAUAAAAAAAACCUCAAAUUAUUUUUGCUACUAAAUAAAAUUACAUUUUAAAUUUUCUAUUUCCAUUCCAGAUGAUGUCAGAUUUAUCAGAUAAAGUGUUAAUAAUUUAUACUAAGGCAAAAAUCCUUUUUAAUGUUUUAUUGUUGUUGCUGUAAUAUUGCUGCCUUAAUGUAAAUGAUCUGUAAAACAGCCACACAAUUUUUCUCACAAUGUUUAUUCGUCCUUAUUUCAAUAAAAGACAAUGUGCAUGUUUUUACAACAACACAAAAAAGAAAUGUGAUGCUUUCAUAUUCGCAAUACAAGCAAUAUGCUCACUUGCUUCAGAAAAAAAAUCAAAUGCACAAGCACUGGGUUUGAUGCUAUUUGUACAUUUUUCUAAUUUCCUAUGCUCUGGUUUACAUUGAGUUGAUGUAAUGCGUGCGCUUCAGCUUGCACUUCCAAAAAGCUAGUCUAACAAAAAGCCUUUCGUGUCAAAUUGGCAAGAUAUGCGCUGCUGACUAAAGCCGAGCUCGUGUGUUUUAAUUUGUAUGUGAACUACAGGGCUGUGGCUUCCCUUUUCUGAUCGUUUUCAGGAAUAUUUCACUUUCAAAUGCUGGCAGGAAUCUUAGUUUACUUAAUUUAGUCGCUACAACAAUUUGCAAAAGCUAAAACAGCUUUAAUUCUGGAUAACGGGUAAAAAAAAUAAAAAUAUUACAUUCUAUUGACUAAUGAUAUAAUAUGCAUAUAAAUCGACAAGGAGCCUCUCACUCAAAGCUUAACUAUCAAUAUAAGCCGAUUAAUAAUAAUAAAAAGUAUAUCGAUAAAUUACACUGAUCAAAUCUAAUUACAAGGGUACAAAGAUCCAUCAAGAGGAGUAAUUCCAACACAUCAUCUGAAAGAGAUCAGCACAGAAACACUUCAAACCUCCACAGAAGGUGCGCGAGAAAUAAGUAUUUCUAUUUAUAUCAAACACACAGCAUUUUAUAUACAGACACAUGGGACUUCCUUCUUAAAGGAAAAUGUUUUCACUGCUUCACUCCAAUAUUGAAUCAUAUUGAACUGAAACGAAGGGGCUGCGUUGCGUGCAUAUCCAGACUAAUUCAUUCAUUAUAUGGUCGUAUCCCAUUCAAUUUGUCAUUGCACAACAUUCUUCAUGCAAUCUAAUAGAAACCAAUCAACGCUUCAUUGUAUCCCUAAGAUGCUUUUACAAUAUUCUUCCAAAUCUGAGGACACAGGUGUGCUGUGAGCCGAACACUGAUCCUUUCGUUUCCUUCCUCUCUGACAUACCUGAGACCUUGAAAAUAUGCGGUUUUAUUAUUCUGCGCCCUCUUCCCUGCUACACCAAAAUAUGAGCAACUAAACCACCAGAUAUAUAUAAGGUGCAUAUUAUUCACUAUACAUCUUUGUACAAAAGCACUGCAAUACCAAACCUGUUAUAUUACAAAAUGUUUGAAUCACAUAAAAUAUAGUUAAUCAUCUAUCUACAUAAACCAAAAGCCCAACCCUGAUGGCUGUGCACUUCUUUUUAUCUGUGUUGGUUGAACACAGUGAGAGGCCACUAGUUAGCAAGGGACAACCACUCUCACUAGUGUUAUGGCUUUUCAUGCCACUAGGAGGAGCUGCUGAAGAUUCCUAGUGAGAACCUGCUACACAAAGUAGCCUUCUGAUUGGUCGGAUUAAUAAAAACGCUAGAAGCUGGGAUGGGCUCCAACAUCCCUGUGGACAAGCAUUUGGGAAAAUGGAUGGUUAGUUGCUUAAAUGUUGAGCCACUGAAGACAGAUACACAGCGGGACUAAGAAAUAGUGAAGCAUCUGCUGAGAAUGUCAACAAAGACAAAGAGCCUAUUCAUCUAGAUGCAUGAAUAAUGAAAAUCUGCAUCUAAAUAAAACAGCUUUCAGUUGCAGUUUCUUUUCUAGAUGAAAUUUCUCAUUUUUGUCCUGCAAAAUAACCUGAAAAUGUAACUUACACUAUAUACAUGUUAUUCCAUGUACAGCAAUCCUUGAUUUAGUUUUAUAAAGGAAAUGUCCAGAG